GUAAAAUGAUGGAACAUUAUAAAGGGAUAAUGCUCUGUAAUAGACCGCAGGCAUCAAUUAAUUUAGAUUAUCAUAAGUAAACAGAUAUCAACACAUUUUAAGACCUUUUGUAUCAAGAGUAACACAUGCUGAACCACUCGGUUACAAUCCGGUUAAGCAACUGCAAAUUCAUUAACCCAUUAAAUGUAUUAAACCUUUCUGAUUUAUUAAGAAAUCAAACCAAUAUUGAGUUAGCAUAAAGAAUGGCUGUCAAAUUUUCAAAAGCAUGUCAAGGAGAAAAAAACUGCAUUGCAUUGUUCUUAAGUUCAAUCUCGGUUACAUCCUGAAAGGUAUAGAUCAAAUAGUGACAAAUAAAAUUAAUAGACUGAAUAAUAAACACAAUAAACAUCUUAACCGCAAAAUAAAUCUACUAAAGUCGAAGAAUUAUAAUAAGAAAAAUAAAAUUUAUAAGCAACCACCGCUGAAUUAGAGGAUGAAAUAAUUGAUGACUAAGAAUUGAAUGAAUUAUUAGACUUCACUAAAAACUUAGAUUUUGAGUAGUAUAUAAAUGAUUUAGAAGUAUAAAUAUACUAUUAAUGUAGGUGAAAACGGUUGUAGAGGCCUUAAAAAAGAGGAUAGAGGAGAUAAGAAUAGAAAAUCCUUAAUUAUCUUAGAAAGAAGCAACAAAGAAAGCGUUAAAAUAAAAUAAUGCUGCUUAAAAACCUAAUAAAAAACAUGUUACUAUUUAAGAAGAAGAAUAAGUAAAAUAUUAAAAUAAACAAUUUUAGCUUCAAAAAAAUACAGAAAAAAAGGAGGUAAAUUUAGAGACCAUUGCUAAAAGGAUAGCCGAAGAAAUUCUUCAAAAAAAUAAAUACUUAAGAAAUAUUCAUUCAAAUAUUUCAAUGCAGAAAUUAGUCGAAACAGAAGCUCGUAGAUUUCUUUAAAAAGAAUGA